GAUGUGAUGUCUAAGCGAAAAAGUGGACAUGAAAAGUUACGUGAGAAAAACAUAAAGCUUCUGCGAGAAGAUGCUAAAACAACUAAAAAUCUACUAUCCAUGUUUUCUAAACUGAAUUCAAAUACCCUGCAACACCAUGCUGAUGCUGAGCCUGUUGAUGAGGUUCAAUCUCACGUUGCUAAAGAGACCCAAACAAACCUUGAUGAUGAAGAUGGCGUUCACUCUGACACUAAUGAAAUGACACAACCAAUCCUCAUUCUAAACAUCACAGCUUCUUCAAGCAUGGUUGAACAUACUGGUAAUAACGAAAAAACUACUACCCGAGUGAAUGAUUGGUUUAAUAAGCCUCACCUGAAUGAACUGACAACUUUCUAUAAAUAUCACCCACAUCAGCCUGAAACACGUCACUUUAAUUCAAAAAUGGUAUAUUAUCGUCCUGAAGAUGGUAUGCAGCGUAUGUUUCUUUCAUUUUCAGAAGAAGAAGAGUGCCUGUUUUUCAGUGUUUGUUUGGCACAUGGAAAUGAGAAGCAGAAACCAAGUUCGUUUGUAACAGGUUUUAACAGUUGGACUCAUAUUCAUCAACGUAUUGUGGAACACGAAUCGUCAAAGAGACACCAAGAAUGUGUCGAGACUUAUCUACAUUUCUCUGCUAAUCGAACCAUUCUAGAUAUGGUAAAAAGAUAGCAAUAUAGUCUACGAAAACAGCAAGUUUUACAUCGUAGAUUGAUCGUGGACAGAAUAGUGUCAAUUUUCAAAGUGAUUGGUAAACGUGGUAUGCCAUAUCGAGGUAAGGCUGGUUGCGAAGCCGUCAAUGUUUUGGCUAAUGAAAAAGUGGAUCAUGGGACAUUUCUUGAAAUCGUGAUUCUUGUCGCGAAGUACGAUGAAAUUCUAAAAGCGCAUUUGAAGGAAAUUAUCGACAAAAGCUGAAUAAUAAACAGGAUAAGAGGAAAAGAGCUAACAGAAAUACUUACAUUUCUAAAUCCACUGUAAACCAAAUUAUAUUAGGAAUCGCUAAAUUAAUUAAAAGUGCCAUUGCUGAAGAAGUACAACAAGCGGGAAUAUUCCCAGUGCAACUUGACACAACUCAAGAUGUAACACAAGCGGAUAAAUGUGCGAUAAUCCUGCGAUACGUUACCGACAAAGUUGAGGAGCGACUUAUUGGUGUUGUCGAUUCACAUUCUGGAAAAGGCAGUGAUCUGUGCAAAUUGAUGUCAAAUGUUUUGGAACAAAAUGGCAUUGAUAUUAAUAAAUGUGUGUCAGAUAGUACUAAUGGAGCGUCUAAUAUGGCCGGGGUAUAAAAUGGGUUUACUACAUUCUUAGAAAAAGCGUCUCCUGGACACACUCACACAUGGUGUUAUGCGCAUGUUUUAAAUAUGGUCGUACACUUUUUGGUAUACUUCAAAAGGCUGCUAUGUUUUUUCGUGAGUCCUACUUGAGAAUGGACCUUUGGACAGAUCACAUGAAAGAAAAAAAUGGCCAAAACAUUCACAAACGACUAAGUGUAAUCGGUGCUACUAGAUGGGGUCCAAACACGAUGCCCUUCAAAAGUUUUUUGGUACGUUUUGCGACGGUGAAAGAGCAUUAUACACAGACGUUGUUCAAGUACUGGAAAUAGCAGUCUCUUCCACUAAAUUAAGUGUUGAAGCACGCUAUGAUGCGCAGUGUCUAUUAACGUCCUUAUUGAAGUAUAAGACUGUACCGACGGAAUUUGUAUAUCUAAGAAUAAUGGAAGCAACCACACCACUGUCCAAAUACCUACAGACGUCUUGAUUGAAUUUUAUAAAGUCGUUUGAGGUGUUUAAGUAACUAUUUCAGAAAUUCAGACUCAAUCACGCAAUUUUGAUCAAGUUAAGGUGGCUGCAGACCAUUUCAUUAAUGUGUCCGCAACCAUUCUUGACGAGAAAGAAUGUGAUUGUGUUAUACAGACAGAUUUGCCAAUGGUACGCAAAAGAAUAAGAAAAGUAAUUCCAGGAGAAUUAGCAAAUGAUGAUCCACUUACAGAUCCUUUAAAAAAGUUUGAAGUAGAGGUCCACAAUGGUAUUCUAGACACAGUGUUAAGAAGUCUGUCGACUCGGUUUGCAUCACACGGUGAACUGUACUCUGAUAUGAGUUGUUUUGACCCCAACGGAUUUUCUGAGUUAUUGGAAUGUAAUAUUCAAAAAAAAGCCCUACAGAAAAUCUGCUGUCAUAUUUCGGCAACAGGCGAAGAAACGCAGCUGUUGCUUGAGCUGUUGGACUUUGCAAAAAAGUGGCCAGUUUUAAAAAAAACAUUGGAAGAGAGUUACGAUUGUUCUGAUCAAAUCAAGAUUGAUGAAGAUGAGGUUGAAAAUGAAGAUGACGCCACCAACCAUAAAUGCGGCCCUCUAAAGAAGUGUCGCUCGUGCAUUUACUGUUGCUACCAUGUGCUUCGAAAAUAUAAUCUUUACGGCAAGAGCUACUGCAUGCUGCACAGGGCUUACAAAUUCAUGCUCACAAUUUCAAUUACCCAAGUGGCUUGUGAGAGGAGUUUCAGCAAGUUGAAAUGUGAUUGCGAAGUCAGUUGACAGAAGAUCACUUGGACUCACUCUUGAUGAUGUGCAUUGAAAUGGACAUAUUGAGUAACAUAACCAACGAUGAAAUUAUUGAUGAACUUGCUAAAUCGAGUGGUGAAUUAAAAAAGUUACUGUUUUUAUGAUUUUGAGUUUUUGUGAUUUAAAUAUGAAUUUAUAAAACAAA